AUGUCAGCCCUGAAAUGUCAGCGCCGCCAGAGGGAACAAGGACACUACCGGUCAGACGCCGCAGCGUGGUCCAGACAAAACCGCUACCCUCUUCGUCUGUUGAGAUGUGUGACGGCAGAUGUUUGUUUUUCCUCAGCCGACGGCAAACAAACGUCCUGCGCUGCGGCUCGCGGCGCCUCAGAAACGAGCCGAGCAACGAGAGCGGUCUCGCGGUUCCAGGACGACAUGACCGACUCCUUGCGGGACUACACGAACCUCCCGGAAGCGGCCCCCCUGCUCACCAUCCUGGACAUGUCCGCACGAGCCAAGUACGUCCAGGACGUGGAGGAAAUCACGCCGGCCGUAGUGGAGCAGUUUGUCACCGAUUUCCUAGCUGACAAGCUCAAACCGGAGCCCAUCUAAAGAGGAGGUGGAAACACGUAUGGGACUCGAUACACACACACACACACAAAAAAACCACGCCAUCAUCAAACCCUGGCAAUCUGUUGCUGCCCCCGAACCUCUAUCAGCUUCCCGUCGCUUCCGCCCCCCCCUCCCCCUCCCUUGUCAGACUUUUAGAGAGAAGUCACACUUUUUACUGACAUUUUAACUUUGUUUUGUUAGACAUGUACCUCUCUCAUGGAGUCCUCUCCUUCUCCUGUGGUGCCUUGCAUUGACUAUAGCCCCUACAGUAAUAUAUAUAUAUGGAGAGUCUGUUGCUGUUAUUUUGUUACCCCCCUCCCCCGCCCGCUCCCACUCAGUAGCAUUUCUUUUAUUCUAGAAGAAAGCAGAAAAGUUACUCGUUGGACCUAGAUAUUCAAAUGACUCGUUGCUUUCGACUGUGUCAGCGAAACCAUUGUCACUUUUUGUUUUCUAAAAUAUGCAGAGAAAGAAUAAAAUGUUUGCAAUGCUUUUUAGUUGUGCGCUACAUGUAUACGCCAUGCAGAUGUGCUACACCUCCUCUGUUAAGACAGAACGGAGACAGAUACACAACACUAUCCGCGCUGAACAGACAAGUGACCGGCGUUUCAAACGUCUGUCACGAUGUGAACGAAAGUCAUCUUUGCAGAAUUGCUAACGGUGGUUCUCAUCUCAACGGUCACGGGGAUUUUCUGUGAGGGUCCAAUCGCUUCAAAUUGACACGUGUUGAAUGUAAAAAUUCCUAUACUCUGUUACUCCCCAGGUUGUAUCUCAACUCAUGACUCCUUACAACCAUUAAAAAGGAAGAGAGAAAAAAAAUCCCUGCAAAGCACAGCU